GGCGGCAGUGCGCAUCCUUGCCUGAUCUCCAACCGCUGUUAAACACAAGAAGUGGAUAAUGCUAGCAGCGUGAGGAUGGGAACCCAAGUGAAAGAUGUCAUCGUGAAGCCCGACGCUCCCAGCUCACUGAUGCUGGACAAACACGCGGACUACAUCGCUGCCUACGGAUCCAAGAAGGACGACUAUGAGUACACGCUGUCCGAGUACCUGAGGAUGAGCGGUAUCUACUGGGGUCUGACGGUGAUGGACCUGAUGGGUCAGCUGCCCCGCAUGAACCAGGAGGAGAUCACAGACUUCAUCAAAUCCUGUCAGCAUGAGUGCGGAGGCAUCAGCGCCAGUAUCGGACAUGACCCCCACCUGCUCUACACACUCAGCGCCGUCCAGAUCUUGUCUUUAUACGAUAACGUGGACGCGAUCGAUGUGGACAAAGUGGUGGAAUAUGUGAAAGGGCUGCAGCAGGAGGACGGCUCAUUUGCAGGAGACAAAUGGGGAGAAAUAGACACAAGGUUUUCCUUCUGUGCUGUUGCUACACUGGCAUUACUGGGCAAGAUGGACAAAAUAAAUGUUGACAAAGCCGUUGAGUUCGUCUUAAGCUGUAUGAACUUUGACGGAGGUUUCGGCUGCAGACCUGGUUCAGAGUCUCACGCUGGUCAGAUUUACUGCUGCACUGGCUUCCUGUCGCUCACCGGACAGCUGCACCAGGUGAACGCCGACCUGCUGGGCUGGUGGCUCUGCGAGAGGCAGCUGAAGUCCGGAGGCCUCAACGGACGACCUGAGAAGCUUCCUGACGUGUGCUACUCAUGGUGGGUGCUGGCAUCUCUGAAAAUCAUCGGCAGGAUUCACUGGAUCGACAAAGCCAAGCUGCGAGCGUUUAUCCUCGCCUGCCAGGACGAGGAGACGGGAGGUUUCGCUGAUAGACCAGGAGACAUGGUGGAUCCUUUCCACACUUUGUUCGGAGUCGCGGGUCUCUCCCUCCUCGGAGACGAGCAGAUAAAGCCGGUGAAUCCAGUGCUGUGUAUGCCCGAGGACGUCCUGCAGAGAGUCGGACUGCAGCCGGACCUCCUGAGCUAGCGCCCUGACACCAUCGUCCCAACAUCACACACGAUGCCCUGCUGAGCACGCCGACCACCGCUGCUGGAUGUCAGGAGCAGAGAGAGGGCCACCACUCAUCCUAGUUUUAGUCCACAGACACAUUCACAUGCAGGUUUCUGAGGUGUGAACGUCUCUGAGCUUUUCUGUCCUUAAACCCUCAACCUCUCGUCAUGUUAUCAAGUCAGGUUUCUUGGGUUCACUGCGGGAAAAUGAUGAAUUAGACAGAAAUGCAACCUUUGUUACAUAGAAAGUAGAAAAAGCCCAGAAUUCAUGAAACAACAUUCCUUGUUCAUUAUGUCAGUUUGAAUGAAAACGUAUCUGUGGCACAGGAAACAGUGGUGGAAAUGCUUCAGCCUCUUUCUUGCUCUCGUCACCUGUUCAGCGAGCCGAGGAAGUUAGUACUGUCGUUCUGUUAUUUCUGACCAGAGGAAGAGACGCUGAUUUUCUUUCCUCCUUUGUUCCACGUUGACUGAGGUAGAUCCUGUUUUACUCGACAGAUUUGCACAUUGAACCUUGAGAGAGUUGAAGGAUUGUGUGGGACGGAUCAAACGAGCUCAGCCGAGAGGUUCAAGUUUUCUGAUGUGUUUUGGAUUAAAGGCAUCUCGUGUCUUUUUUCCCGGCACUACCUGCUCCUUAUAAAAUAACUUGAGCAAACUAUCAACUUUCUAAUCCUUAUCUUAGAGCAGUCUAAUCAACAGUGCGCUCCAAAUUUUAAUGGAUUCUUCCUUGAGUCGUUCCCCACACCACAAACGUUCAAGGAAUUGGGUUCAGCAGUUUUUGAGUCAUUCUGUCAUGGCGGAGAUAAUCACACGUCUCACAGCACGGGGACAUGUUGCAAAUAAAAAUAGUUCUGUUUAUGUCACUGUGAUUUAAAACGAAACUCUACAAAACAGAGAGAUUGUUAUUAAGGAAAGCGUUGGAGGAGGGACACGGCACGUGAUGGUGUCGAUGUCUCGUCACCAGUUUAUUUAAUGUCUCAUCCACAGGCUGAGUUUAUUUAAAUCCAUGUUAAUCAGUGCAGGGUUGUAAAGCCGCCGUGGGCAGAAGUUACAUUUGUCUUCACUCUGUGUGUAAAGUAUUUCCAGCCUUAUGCUCAGAUGAAACUAAACAGAUUCUGUGAAAUGGCUUUUUGAAAAAUCUUAACAUUUAUUAGCUUUGUUAAACUUGUUUAUUUGCACUCGUAUGUCUCUGUUGUAACGGACGGUAAAUAAAUCUGAUAUUAAUGCUUCACUUGUGUAAACAUUUAAUUCAUGUUCACAUUUUGAGGUUGUGUGUUUUUAAAUUAACACCAAAAAAUGGAGGCUCACAGGAAAAGAAAUGACAAUGCAGUAAAACAUAAAAUGUCUUCAUAGGAGACGUUAUACAUUAUUAACAAUUAUACAAAUAGAUUGUGUUAAACAAUUUAUUAAAUGUGUAUUGACAUAACCAAUAAAUAUUAUUGUGUUGUCGUUGCUAUGCGGAAAUCCGGAUUUUUAAAAACAACUGAGUCCUGAACAUGUCGUCGAACCACCAGGUCUCAUCUGGUCUUUGUGCUUCUGCAGCUCUGACUCCUGCACAUCCACGUAUGUGAAUACUGAUGUAAGUUAUUUUUCUUGUUUGGCAAUAAAGGUUUGAUUUCCUCUAC